GUAGAUGGUUCGGCACCAAAGCUUCCUGCUGGCGGAUGCUGGAUCGCGCUGCCGCCGGAUAGCCUCACGGCAUCGCGCAUUGCUGCGGGGCAGGUCGUGCUGGUUGGUAUCUCCAGCCGUGUCCUACCCUCCCCUUCCUCCUCCGGACCCUCACCCAGCCCCGGACAGCCACCUCGCAGCCCCGCAACCCCCCUCGCCGCCUCCUCAUCCUUCGGACCCGCCCCCGAACUCCUAGCCCCGGACCCCUCCACAGGCGCCCCGCCUCAGCCCCAGAACCUCUGGCGGCUGUGCGGCCGGCGCCUGGGCCUCCCAGACCUUUCCGAGGACCGCCCGCAGGGGAGCGGGGGCCUCACAACCGUCACCAGCGGCA